AUGUUUCGUAUUCUUUCGGGCUCACACGGUAGCAGUAGCCAUCGACACUCGUCGGAUGAUAAAACGGGCAGCAGCAGCGGAAUUGGGAGUGCCGGCGCCAGUGGCAUCGGAGGCAACGGUCACGGCAACGGUGGCCACGGGGGCGACGGUAUCGGCGGCGGUGACGGUUCCGUCGAUAGGCGGAGCACUUCCUGUCGCAGUGAUAACUACAAAGAAGACUCAAUAAGUAUAUCAGAAAUAAGAUUAGAAAGUCAUUUAGCAGUCGAAUCAUCAUCCAAUAGCAAUUACGGCUCGCGGGGGGCCCUAGCGUCGGUCGAAGGGUCGACCCCAACGUGGACUGAAGGAACGCCCAGCUUUACGGAUUCGAGCUCGAGCGGUGAUAUUGGAACAUUCUCAGGCCAUUCCUCUCCGAUGUCGGAUCGGGAUCGCCACAAGCCCACGGUCGAGAAGGCGCUUAAUUCGCUCACAUCGGAAAUGGUAAGCUUUUCGAACAAGUUCCACCAGCUUCAUCAUCACCACCAUCAUCACCAACACCAGUACCAGUACCACUCCUCCUCCACCUCAUCGGUAUCGUCCGCUUCGGGGCAUAACCAACGAAAGCAACAGCAGCAGCAGCAUCAGCUUCACAAGCAAGUGAUCUAUGUAAAGAACAGCAGUUGUUCAAGCAUAGACCAAUCGGUUCACCUUCUCGGUGGGGGUGGCGGCGGCGGCGGCGUUGGAGGUGGUGGUGUUGGGGGUCUGAUAGGUAGUACCACCGUUUUAGGAGUGGGUGGUGGCAUUAGCAGUGGCCGCAGCAGCCCGCUGGUGAUGGUCCGUCGCGUUACGUCGACCAAGAUUAGCGAAAGUACAACGUCGCUUAAUUCUUCCGGUGCGGCUGAAGAUGAUACCAGGCCGAGCGAUGUUGGCCCAGCAGGUCGUUUGGGUCCUGCUUCUGCUACUUCCCUCCAAUUGUCGAUAAGUUCCGAUCACAACCACCAUCACCAUCAAACCCAGCUGCGCCAAAACGAUGACGGUGCUGAUGGAGACACGAAUGGAAUGAGCAUGUCUUCCACCUCGGGACAUGGUAGCGAGGGCAGCAGCAAUGGUUCGCUGACUGAAACCGAUCGCAAUGCACUGCGCCAAACGCGCGAAGAAUGA